UAUGAGUAUUCUAUAGUUGAUGUGAGCAGACGGGGAUUUCCCAAAGGUACGCCAUAAUUAACAAAACAAGAACUUGUCUAAUUCCGUUCUCUGACACCGAUGUUAUCAAACAAAAAUUUGGAAUAAAAAACGAUACAAAUUUAUAAAGACAAUUUUCACCAUCAAAACAUAGUUACAAUUGCAAUUAUGACUUUGAAAAAUAUUAUUCAAAGCGGACUUUUGCUUGUAAAACGCAACUCAAGACGUUUUGAUAAAUUCUUUAAAAAUCAACAGGCAGACAAAACUAAACAAGUCAGCAUUAAUGAAAUGCAAAAAAAUUACGAACAUAAAACAAAAAUUAAUUCGAAUACAACAAAAAAUGUUAUAGAAUCAGACUCAAAAAUUAACAUAGACCAUUUGACAUCCAAACUGGACUUUAAUAUGCCAAAAGGAUACAAAUAUGCGUAUGCGAUCAAAUUAAAUCACAAUAAGACAAAAAUGGUAAUUGUUAUCAAAAAACUAGAUUAUUUUACCAAGGAUGCAAAGCCAAAUAAUUCUUCGAUUCUCCGGUUCGUCAACCCUUCCGGCAAGUCAAUUGAUCCACACAAAUAUACAACAAAGCCAGAGGAUCCUUCGAUGCUUCGUUUUGUUAAUCCUUCCGGCAAAUCGUUUGACCCAAACAUCUACCAUACCAGAAACAGGCAAUUCAGAAUAAAUAAAAAACUUCUAAAGAAAGCAUUAAGUGCAUUAACUUCUCCCCAGGGUAUUUCUUAUAUUAUCAAAGCAGUAAAAGUGGCUGGUUUUGCUACAAUUUCUAUUGACGGGACUGGAUUAACAGACGGCCAGAAUGGAACCAUAAGCAAUGUAGCUGAGGGUGCAGCUAAUAAGAAUGAAUUGGAGGACCCAAACUGUGAGGACGGUCAAAAUGAAACCCUGAACCAGACAGCUAAUAAGACGGGUCAAUAUGUUGGUGGAUUCGUUGCUUCUUCAGUUGGCAAAACAAUGGGAUCAUUUUUAAUCCCAGGCGUUGGACCUUUAGUUGGUGCACUAUCAUUGGGUUGGAUUGGUGUUAAAUAUGGCCCCAAAUUUGCAUCUAAGGGUGCUUCCUACAUCAACAGUUUCAGGAUCAAAAGAAAGUUCAAAAGGAACAAUGAUAGGAAGAGAACAAUCCAAAGUGAAGGACAGAAAUCAAGCCAAAAACAAAAUCCACGAGGAGGAACUCAUCCACCCACUUUUGAAUAA